AUGGCCACCCCCUCCCCAACCAUCAAACCCUACCGCAUCCACGUGCCCGACGCGGCCCUCGAGCGCGUGGCCGCGAAGCUCGCCCUCGCCACGCUGCCGGGCGAGACCACGUUCUCGGACGACCCCGCAUACGGCGCCCCGCUGAGCGACAUACGGCGGCUCGUGGGGGUGUGGCGCGGCGAUGGUGAGGGUGGGGAGAAGUUCGACUGGAGGAAGGCCGAGGAGGAGCUUAACGAGAGCUUGCCGCAGUUCGAGACGAAGAUUAGUGUGGAGGGUCAUGAGGAGCUGAAGGUGCAUUUUGUGCAUAAGAGGAGUGAGGUUGUGGGGGAUGGGGAUGGGGAAGGGGGGAAUAAGAAAAAGGGGAAGAAGCUGGUGAUUCCGUUGUUGUUUGUUCAUGGGUGGCCCGGCAGCUUCCUCGAAGUCUCCAAGAUCCUCCCCCUCCUGACCUCCGCCACCACCGACGACGACGCGCCGAGCUUCCACGUGGUAGCUCCAUCGCUGCCGAACUUCGGCUUCUCGCAGCGCACGUCCAAGCCCGGGUUCGGCCUCGCGCAGCACGCGGAGGUGUGCCAUAAGCUGAUGCUGCAGCUGGGGUAUGACAAGUAUGUAACCCAAGGCGGCGACUGGGGCUCGAUGAUCACCCGCAUCAUCGGGAUCCUGUACCCCUCGCACGUCCUCGGCUCGCACUUCAACUUCCUCAUGGUCGCGCCCCCGACCCUCCUCACCGCGCCCAUCCUCUACCUGCGCCACGUCCUCGGCCUGCACUCCCCCGCCGACAAGGCCGGGCUCGCGCGGUCCCAGCACUUCCGCGUCACCGGCUCCGGGUACUCGGCGCUGCAGGGCACGAAGCCGCACACGCCGGGCUUCGCGGUGGCGGACUCCCCCGUCGGGAUCCUCGCGUGGGUGUACGAGAAGCUGCGGGGCUGGACGGACGGGUACCCGUGGACGGACCGCGAGGUGCUCGUGUGGAUCGCCGUCUACGUGUUCAGCGACGCCGGGCCCGACGCCUCCUUCAGGCUGUACUACGAGACGCUGCAGAGCGCGCCGCGCGACGACCUGCUGCGCAGGUCCAGGACCUGGAGUGGAAGCGUCCCCAUCGGGUACUCGGCGUUCGCGGGCGAGGCGCUGCUGCCGCCCGUGGAGUGGGCGGGCUUGUUGGGGCCGGUCGUAUUCCAAUCCAGACACGACAAGGGAGGACACUUCGCUGCGUGGGAGAAGCCCGAGUUGCUGGUCGGGGACCUGAGGAAGAUGUUUGGGAAGAAUGGGAUUGGACCGAAGCUGCCUUUUUAG